ACAUUCAUUCAUCCUCUUAAAAACACACAAAAAAAAAAUACAAAAAUACAAAAACGAGUUUCAACAUUCUUUGUAUGGCAGUAUCAUUUCUGACACAUGAGUUAUCUGAACUCUGUCUCGGUAAGCCACCGUUGAAGUCCAUUUCAACGUCGGCCACCGUCGUCGACGCAAUUGAAGUCCUCCGAAGCUCCAACGAGAGUUUCGUGAGUGUUUGGAACUGUGACAACUCUGAAUUUGGUCGUUGUGAAUGUGUUGGAAAAAUUUGUAUGGUUGAUGUUAUUGUUUUUCUUUGUAAAGAGGAAAAUCUUCUGUGUCCUUCUUCUGCUCUUAAAACGCCUAUUUCUCAUGUUUUACCUAAGGUUUAUGGUCUUGUUGUGCAUCUAGAACAUUCUUCCAGCUUAUUGGAAGCCAUUAAUCUAAUACUCCAAGGAGCACAAAAUCUUGUGGUGCCAAUUUUACAAACAAAAAGAGGUGGCACAUUAAGGAGAAAACAGCAACAGAAGUCAUCAUCAAUCAACAGCCACAACGGUGCUGAGUUCUGCUGGUUAACUCAAGAGGAUGUGAUCAGGUUCCUGCUCAGUUCCAUUGGUCACUUCACUCCACUUCCUGCACGCUCCAUUGAUACUCUCGAUAUCAUCAGCUCUGAUGUGCUUGCCAUUGAUUACUAUUCCCCUGCAUCAUCGGCUGUUAAAGCCAUCUCAAAGUCGCUCGCACAACAAACGUCUGUUGCGAUUGUCGACAGUGAUGGGACAUUCGUCGGUGAGAUAUCUCCUUUCACACUUGCUUGUUGUGAUGAGACGGUUGCAGCUGCAAUCACGACUUUGUCUGCAGGGGACUUGAUGGCCUACAUUGAUUGUGGCGGCCCACCUGAGGAUCUAGUGAGACUUGUAAAGACAAGGUUGAGAGAGAAGAAUUUGGAAAAAUUGCUACAAGAAUUUACUAUUUUGACUUCCUCAGCCGGUGAUGUGUCGGCCUCCUCUUCCUCAGACGAGGAAAGUCCGGCAAGGAGUUUGACGAGGUCCGGAAAGUAUGCAAGGUCACCGAGCUACUCAGCUAGAUAUGUGAGGAAGGCAGAGGCUAUUGUGUGUCAUCCCAAGAGCUCCUUGAUUGCUGUGAUGAUUCAAGCAAUUGCUCAUAGAGUGAACUACUUGUGGGUUAUUGAAGAUGAUUGCAGCUUAGUUGGCAUUGUUACUUUUUCUAAUAUCUUGAAGGUGUUUAGAGAACAUUUAGAAACUAUUUAGAUGUUUAAGAUUUAGGAUAAAUGUGACAUGUUUUUGGUUUGGAUGUUCAUAUGGAAACAUGAAACUUGGCCUGUGAAUGUGGUCAUUCUGUUAUGAAUAAUUGCAGUGUGGCUAAUGAGGCUUCAUCUAUGUUUUGAUUUAUUUGAGUGUAUGCUUCAAUUCUAAUAAAUGCAUUUCUUUGUCAGUGACUUACUGACUUAGAAGUUGUUUACAUGUUUAGGAUAAAUGUGAUUAUGUUUUUGCUAUGGAUGUUCAUAGAGAAGCAUGGACCUUGGCUUUGAUGGGAAACUCUGCAUAUUGGAAGCUGUAAUAGUGGCUGGAGUUUUGUAUCAACUGUAGCAAUGGUUUUAAAGUUGACCACUAUGAUGUAAAAUAUUAAAAUUUAAUAUCAAAUCAAUGAAGUUAUUUUUCUUA